GUCCCAAACUAUAACCCAAUGAAGAAGCUUACUCUGUCUUUCAUCACUCUCACCGUUCUCUUGGCCGGCUUGACCGCAGCUUCAGCGACCAAUGUCCUAGACAUAGCAGGGCAUCCGGUUCAGUCCAAUUUCCAAUACUACAUCAUACCGGCCAAAACAGGAACCGGAGGUGGUCUUGUCCCUUCAAGCCGGAACCUAAACACAGACAACUUGUGUCUGAAUCUAGACAUUGUCCAGUCAUCGUCUCCUUUCGUCUCAGGACUUCCCAUAACUUUCUCUCUACUCAACACCAAAAACAAGCUUGUCCAGCUCUCAACUAGUCUCAACCUGGAGUUUGAUUCUACGGUCUGGCUAUGCCCUGAAUCAAAAGUGUGGAGAAUCGACCACUCUGUGCAACUGAGGAAGAGCUUUGUAAGCAUUGGUGGUGAGAAACGUAAAGCGAAUAGCUUCUUUCAGAUCCAACAAGAUGGAGAUGCUUACAAGCUUAUGUACUGUCCGAUUAUCGCCUCUGCUGCGUGUGUUAAUGUGGAUUUGGAGAUUGAUGGUCUUGGAGUUCGACGUUUGGUUCUUAGCAACGAUCAAUCUUUUGCUGUUAAGUUUCAAAAGGCAAACUCAAACUGUCAUCUUAAAUCUAAUUCGAGGAUGUUCCCUUUUUUCUAAAUGUGAAUUCUUCUUGGUACAUGUUGUAACGGAUUGGGGAAUGCUUGUGACAAUACCAAGUUUGUGAUGUAAC